GCGGAAAAGAUGGCCCGAACGGGAUUGGAACCCGCGAACAUUCGGCUCUAUGAAUUUGACAACAAGGCAGUGCUGGAGUUCCUGAGCCAUCUGCACGAUGCCAAAAAAGACUGGUGCAAACAGCAGGACACUUUCCGGCAUGAUGUCUGGCUGUCGCUGGCCAAGCCCACCAAGUCUGCUGCUGAUGUGCUGCACGUGGAGGCCUUGGUGGAAGUGCUUCAGAAGAUGAUUUUGCAUUUGCAGGCCUACUACCAUCAGAAGAUGCAACAGCAGCAGGAAGUCGUCCUGGUGCCUACGGAGCUCAGCAAAUCGCUGGAGGUGCCUGUGGAGAUGGAGAAGAUCCUGCAUCAACUGAAAUCAAAGUUCAGCAAUUCUGUCGAGGAUUGCGCCACACAGGCUGUGGAAUCUGCCCUGGCAGAAUUCAGUCAGGACGCCGACAAGGGUGCGUUUUUGUCACAUUUGGAGGCUUGUAGGCUUGCGAAGACCAAAAAGGAAUUUGUCACCGACAUCUCGAUGCUGAGACAAACGCAGAAUAAGGCCUCUGAAGGUGAAAGGAUCUGGAAGACCUUUGAAAACCGCAGCGUGAACACCCGAAGUUGUACUGAGGAAGGCUUGGUGAGCGCUGGCUCCGCACAGAGCUGCCAGAGAUUCUGCGAUGGGGAUCUCUCGACUGAUCCUUCAGAUCAAACUUGCAACACGGUGGUCUACGAAUCUGCUGGCGAUGAAGUGGGUUGGUGCACUUUGUGGUUUUGCCACCAUUGGGAUACUUUCCCGAGGGAUGAGGGAAAGGUCUUGUCCGUCAAACUGGAUGAGAAAGAGGAUCGCUCUCCCACUUUGCUGGAAGUCUUCCUCGCAGCGCCUGUUAUGGAACUCCGCCAUGCGGUGGCGGACAUUUUGAAGCACAACCUCAAGGAAAUGGUGGAAGAUCUUCUCAUUGACAAGACGAUGACCGCGAUUUGGAGGAAUCAAGUGCGUAGCCUUUGGCCGGAUGAUAUGGUGUGGCCGAAAAGUGGUGUUCUCGUUGAGGGCAUCUGGCGCCCCUUGUUGGCUGAAUGCUUGGUGGAGGACGGCACCUGGAUAAAUCCCCAGAGAACCAUGACACUCUCGAGAGGCCUCACUGGUUUGGACAACGGCUUCACAAUGCGAAUGACUUGGGCCAAGGGUGGGAAGCAGGUCACACAGAGACAUGAAUUCAAGAACGACUUCAAGGGCCCAUCUCGGAAGUGGUCUGAGUAUGUCAUCGUCAACGAACCUGAUGGAGGCUGCUCAGUUGAAGUGGAAAGCCAGUGGAUCUGGCAGG